CAUAGAUAAUUUGAUAGUGAUAUAUUGAAGAAAGAAGUAUCAAAGUCCGUCGCUGCUUCUUGAUCUGUAAAAUUUUACUGUAAUAUUUUUAUAUUAAUCUGAUCAAGAAAUUUUAAUGUAUAAUUGUCUUUGGAAUUAUUAUGAUUUUGAAGAAGUUAUAUAAUUCACAAUUUUAUAAUUUAUUGUGUAUGCAAGUUGUUAAAAAAGACAGAUGUGUGACUUUUGAGGUUAGAAGAUUCUGGGGCCUAAAUGUUUCAUCUUUUAUUCUUUUAUAAAUUGAAUUACUGAUUAAUUGGUUCUCUUCCUCUUUUCUGAUUUUUUUUAGUACUUCUUUUUUACGCUGGAUUUUUAUUUUCCGUUAUGAUUGAGUCAUGUACUACACAACGAAUGCUGUUGGGUGUAAUAUUUCUUGGAGGGUUGACUAUUUUUGUCCUUGUAAUUGAAAGUAAUUGGACAAAUAACAAUACAAGGAACCUUCCAGCCAAUAGCAAGAGAAAUUCUUCAGAAUCUUGUUGGCUUGAUGAGGAUUAUGAUAUAGUUGAGGAAUGUCAUCCUUGCUCAGCUUUUGAAGUUACCAGUAAAAUCAACAAAAUUUGCUCUGAAACUCACUAUAAAGAGGCUGUUCAUUGUAAGAGGUCUGGAAAGAAGUACAGAAGUUGUGACAAGGUCAAGUGGCUAGAGGAGAAGAAAUUCUGGCAAUUUGAAUGGUCGGUGUUUCUAAUCGGCAGCUUGGCAUCAGGAGUUGUCUACAUUCGCCAAAAAAUACUCGAUCACCGCCUGCUCCGAAGAAUUCAAAGACAGAUAGCAAAUAGCGUUUGAAAAAAUGCAACUGGCAAGUCUAUAUCUUUCAGCGUUCAGCGCAAUCAAAGACGGCCAUUCACUAGAAGUGCCAGUCGAGUCAGCCGUUGCUCUGUUCCUGAUCAAAUACCUGCGGCAUCCGGUCGAUGUCGCCGUCAACCUGGUGCAGGAGACCAGCAAUGAGCACCAAUGCCAACCCUCUAUGUCGGUCAACACAAAAGGCUUCAGUUGCCGAGAGAUUGGCGCAGACUCGCUUCGCCGGCCCGCGGCCGACUGUCAUCUGCCCGUCUUGACGCGCUUUCGUGGCUCGGGUUCACACGUGCAGUGUGUGGCGGGCCUGUGCAGUGUGUUGCGCCGCUUGAUCAAGUGCAGUGGCGAAGAAUACAGCAGCCUUUUGGGAUUCAGGGGCGGAUGCCUGACAGCUUGUGCCGAAGUAUCGUUGUGGACAAAGUUCUGUGAAGUAGAUCUGGUGAACAGUGUCAAUCAGCUGUUGACACUACAAAAAUCCACGCAAUCUCAGACCGAUGACCUUAAUGACUCUGUACUGAACAAUGCUGGCAAACCAAGUGAGUCAGUUCUGCAAGCAUUAUCAAACGUGUGCAGAUUCGAGCAGCACAUGAAGGAAUAUGUACGCGUGCACAAUAUCGGCAAAAUUCGUCACGAAACAAAUCAGAGAAUAGUGGAGCACAAAUUUGCUGAGAACAAUGAUAUGACUCUGGCCGAUCUCAUUAUUCUGCCGUGUAUUCAUAUCAUCUUCGAAAUGGUUGGGUUUUCGGCUCUGGAGAAAUCUGUACCGGUGGUUUCGAGGUGGUACAAACUGGUGUGUUCACAAGAUGGCGUAUCUGAUGCUCUCUGUGUGCUCAAACCCCCAGUUUUGGGUGUUGUUUUUCCAAUCAUCGAAUUGCCUGCUGUGCCGUCUCACAGUCUUUACAAAAGUGAUCCUAAAAGGUACAGAGCCAGAUCGAAGCUGUUCACGAAUCAGGGCGAGGUGGAGUGUGUAUUGGAGGCGGUUGGGGAGCAGAUGGCCGUGCCCCCCCUUUCGGAGUACCCCACCGGCCACCAGCAGCCACUCGAUUGGCUCAGUCUUCCUGACGCCGUCAAGCCAACUGUGCCCUCGUCCCGGCUCUGUCGCAAGAUGCAGCAACUCGAAAACCUCUGCAAAGCUGUCUUGGAGGUAGCGAAAUCAGGAGAUACGAUAGUGGACUUUUGUUGUGGAAGUGGCCACCUCGGCAUUCUUGUCGCUCACCUGCUACCGGACUGCACCGUACUCCUAGUCGACAACAACGAAGAAUCGCUAGCCUAUGCGCAUAAACGAGUUGCCAAUCUUCAUCUCAAAAACGUUUCGAUUCUGCAGUGCAAUUUGGAUUAUUUCAGAGGUGAUUUUGAGGUGGGCAUGUCUCUGCAUGCUUGUGGAGUGGCUACCGACCUGGUAAUACAGACCUGUCAGAAGAAAAAAGCCGCAUUUGUGGUAUGCCCCUGCUGCUAUGGUGGAUUACAGACCAAUCACAAAAUCAACUACCCUCAGAGUCGAAUGUUCAGAGAGUCGUCAAUCAGCGAGAGACACUUCUUAGUGCUGGGUCACUGCGCCGACCAGACCCACAAGAAGUUGUACCACAAGUCGCAGCAAGGCGAAAGGUGCAUGAGACUAGUGGACUAUGACCGGUGCUUGCAGGCUCAAGACCAAGGAUACACUGUCAGUGUCGCUAAGCUGGUGCCUUCCGAUUGCACGCCCAAAAACAAUCUCCUAGUUGGAGUACCGCACAAUUGCUGAGUGAACGCUUUUUAGUUAGGCAAAAUGCCGUAUUUAUGAACGGUUCUUUUGAACCAAAUUCAGUUUAGUUGUCUAGUAGAUAGUGACCAAGUAACAGAAUUGACUGCUAGCAAACCAAACUUGGCCAAGUUCUUAAGAAUCGUUGAUAAAUAAGGUCCUCAUCUAAAAUUAAUGUUGUCUAUUUUAUUAAUUACAUUGUAUCGAGUUGUUAAUUCCCUACUCUAUUGAUCUGUAAAUAUAUGAAUGAAUGAAUAAAUGAGAAAGUGCUGAUCGGAAA